AUGCCCCGUAAUACCAUCAGGGUGCGCAGAUCCUCAUCGCCAGACUCCUUGUUUGCCCCCUCAUUUCCAGCUCGCGUCUGGCGGUUUCUCACAGGUGGUGAAUCAUGGACGUACUACCACUUUUCUGUCUUCUUCAUCACCUUUUUUAGUUUUGCCUUUAUCCAUGCGACUAGGAAGACGUUAUCGACUGUUAAACCUACAAUGAUACAGAAUUGGAUACACAAUCGAUCAUCUACGGAGCCUCCUCUUUUUCCAUCAGAGGAAGCCGCGAAGGAAUUUAUGGCGUUCUUGGAUUUCGGCUUUUUGUUCGCUUAUGCAAUAGGUCUGUUUUUCGGUGGGAUACUUGGCGACCGAUACAACCCACGUCUUGUGCUAGCGAUUGGGAUGUGGCUGGCGGCGAUUUCUGCGUUCUUCUUCGGUUUCGUCUCGGAGAGAUAUCACAUCUACAACACGUACUUUUAUGCAUUUUUUUGGAUUGGCAGUGGAUUAUUCCAAAGCGUCGCUUGGCCAACUGAGGUCGCGGUUAUGGGCAAUUGGUUUGGCCAUGCAUCUCGCGGGAUUGUCAUGGGCUUCUGGAGCGGAUGUGCCAGCGUUGGGAACAUUAUUGGAACCCUGAUCACCAGUAGGAUUAUUGUGCUCGGAUAUGAGUGGGCCUUCGCGGUCAACUCCUUCAUUUUGUUCAUCUUUGGAUUCGUCGUGUAUUGGCACCUUGUCCCCUCUCCUCGGGAUGUUGGUCUCCCGGAGCCGGCGGAAUCUCCGGAUGAGCGUAAUCGGGUCAUUGAGGAGGCAGCCGACCGUCCAGCGCCAAUUUCAUUCUGGAAAGCUUGGUUGUUGCCUGGAGUGAUCCCGUACUCGCUUGCGUAUGCUGGUUUGAAGCUGGUGAAUUACGGGUUUUUCUUCUGGUUACCGACGUAUCUUCUCAACGAAUUCCAAUGGUCGAUAGAGGAGGCUGAUGCACUUUCCACAUGGUAUGAUGUUGGUGGAAUUUUGGCAGCAAUUGUUGCAGGCGCUGUUUCGGAUCACUUCUCGACUCGAACACCGAUUGUUAUGACGAUGUUAGGAUGUGGCAUUAUAUCACUAUUGGCUUAUUCAAGAAGCCCGGCUAACUACUGCAUCAACGGAGCAUUGUUAACGAUUACUGGGUUCUUUGUUGGUGGACCAGCCAAUAUGAUUUCUGGGGCUAUUUCCGCUGAUCUAGGAAAAUCUCGAGAAUUGCGCGGAAACAUUGCCGCUUUGUCUACUGUAACCGGGAUCAUUGAUGGUACCGGAAGUGUUGGCGCUGCGCUGGGGCAGUUAGUCAUCCCUUCGAUAGAACUGUGGUUCGGAUGGGUUGUGAUUUUCUACUGCUUUGUUUUUAUGCUGAUUCUGACGAUGCUCUGCAUUUCUCCACUGUUAUGGCGAGAAAUCCAGGCUUGGAGAUUGGCAAGGGCUGAAAGACAUGUAGCUGGCGAGCAAGAAGGCCUGCUUUUCGAAGACUACGAUGAAAACGGCCAUCUCCAUCACGCG